GAUUAACACUAUCCCCCAAAAAUAUAGCCCCUCGUGCACUUGCCUUAUCUGUCGCCUUCUAUUUCUCUCUCUGUCAUAAUUCAAUCCAAAAACAAGUUCUGGAAAUGUCAGCUAUCAUUCAUUAAAUUAUUAAAAAAAUACAGGCGCCCACUUUAAUGAAACUUAUACUAGUACUAUUUUAGAUCUCAUAUUAUUCAGGACUCAAACAUAGGCUCCAACACUUAUUAAAGUCUACUUCCAUGUGCCCCUUCCCUUUGUUCUAUCUUCGUCUUGUUUCUUUUUUCAGUACUCUCUCUUUAAGAUGAUAUUUUGAAGCAGAAAGCGGACAUUUGCUGGCUGCAUCCCACAAUUUAUGAGUUUGGUUUAGUUUAAGUGUAAUGAGAUUGAGAUUGAGAUUUGUUGAGUGAAGUUUUGAUGGAUCAUAGUAAUUUUGUGGUUGAUCUUGAGAGCUGUAGGAGUAUGAGUGGAGAAGCAGGAAGUACUAAUUCUCCUUUGGAUGCCAAAGUAGGGGAUGUAUUUUCCACUAGUCUCAGUAAUGGUGAUGGCGAAGAACUUUCUAAAGCUGAAAAUGGAUUGACUAUGAACAGAAAUUUGAAGGACGGGGAUGAGCUUGCUCGGGGGAGUGUUAGAGUAUUUAUAGACAAGGGAAGUUUAGUAGAGAAGAAAACAAGCAAAGAAAAACGUAAAUCCACGAGUGCUCAGAAGGCUCCCAAACCUCCUAGACCUCAUAGAGGAUUUUCAUUGGAUGCUGCUGACCAGAAAUUGAUCAAAGAGAUUGCGGAACUCGCUAUGAUCAAACGAGCACGGAUUGAGCGAAUGAAGGCUUUGAAGAAAAUGAAAGCAGCCAAGGCAUCGUCAACAUCAUCAGCGUUGAAUGGCAGUUCCCUUGCCUUGCUAUUUACGGUUUUCUUCUUUUUUGUGCUAUUGUUUCAAGGGAUGUCUUAUAGAAGUUCAACUAUGAGCUUUUAUGAUUCAGUCCAACCCGGUCUGGUAAGGGAGAAUAGGUUCAUAAUUGUACAGGACAACUCUAAUUUAUCCACCAGUACUGCCAUUGUUGCGGGGUCUGGAUCUUCUGAUAAUGUGGAGCAGGCUUCUGGUUUAACUCACGGGAAUAGUCCGAAAAGUGUCGGAAGCUGAAAUUUAGUGACAUGCAUGAAACUAUUCAAAUAUGAAUACAGAUUGACACUACGUUUCUGGUAUACACUGCGCCUACCUGAGGGAGUUGCAUGUAAGUGACUCGGCUCAAGACUGGCUAAUUUGUAUACCCUGUACAGUGAUUGAUACUGGUUGAUUGAGAUGAAUAACCGCUGGCAUAGAAUUGCCAAUUCAGUAGCUAGCCUCAAAUAAAAAAAUAGCUUUUGAAGCAGACUAAGUCUAAUUUCCAUGAGCGUUCUGAGUAGACAAAUGUUAUGAUAUUUGGACUAGUUACAUAGUGCAUAGUACAAUCAGAGCAAGAAUUCCAGGGCUCCGUAAUUGCUGAACAACUAUUUUGACUUGUUUACUAACCGUAUCUUUUUGACUUGCUUGCUCGCACUAUGUAUUAAUUGCCUAGAACUGUGCUUGAGAUGCGCUUAAAAUCGGAGUUAUUUGCAUUUUCAUGGAAUCGAAUAUGCUUUUGUUUCA